GUUCAGGGUCAAGACAGAACGGGCCCAAUGGCCGAGAGGCCACCAGCUGCCUUCAGCUUGAGAGCCAACCUGCGCCGUGUCCUUAAUGAAUGCCCUAUAGCAGACUCUUAUCUGCAAUCAGAGCAAUGACCUAUCAGCAAGUAUGAUCAGCUAACGUCGUCGUCUGCUGAUGACGUGCGCGGGGUUUUCCGGGUGCGACGGCUUGAGAUGUAGGCUAACAGGCUAACUGAGAGCAGCGUCAAAACACAGAUACUACAGCGCUGUUGACAAACGUCAAGAGACAGCGGCUUGGAAGCUAACAUGAAAGGGGUAAACGAUUCAUUUUAUAAGUAGUGGUUUUAAAAGUGAAGUCGCCGUGGUCAACGUAGAUUGAUAUAGCUUAAAAAAUAAAAUGUCAACAACGCGGCCCCUCCUCGGGAUGAAGCGGAUCACCGAGGUAACUUGUACGGAGCCGCCGGGAGGCAGGCUGUCACCGACCGCCAAUAGAACACAGUCACAGCCGCUCACCGUAGAUGAGUUCACGGUGCACGAGGACAAGCAGGCAGAGCUCAGAUGCAGUAAACCGAAGGUCGAACAGGUUUUCCAAGUGACAUUCACGAUUAUUGGGCUCUUGGAUCCCACUGGAGCCCACGGAAGUAAGGCUUCCAGGCAGAUCUGGCUCCAGCUGAAGGGGAAAAAGGAGGAUGUGUUUAAAGCGAAGGAGUAUGUGAAAGGCCUGUGUGACCCAGAACUUCAAAAAGAAGAGUGGUACCCAGUGGACAUGCACUGCAUUUUCGCUGGUGCUCGCGGACUCUUUUUGGACCGGCUGCUUAGAGACACGAGUGCAGAAGUCCAAGUUUUGGAGCCAGGUCGACUGAGGUUGAGUGGGAGCGCGGAGGCUGUCGUUAUGGCGCAAAGUCGCGUUCAACAGUUUGUUGCCCUCUUUCAGGAGAAGCGGAGCUUGCCAGCUGACAGGGAGCCCUUGGUAAAGCGCACUUUUAAGACUUUUGUGGAGGACCGGGCUGAUAAAUAUGCCAUGGAGCUGCUGUUGCUGCCCAGUGCUCUCAAAGAGGAACUUUUGGGCUUGGCCCAAAGCCCCACACAACCUUUAGCUAUCAUAGACCUUGAGCAGGACCGCUCUCAGACCAGCACACCCGUAACUGACCUCUCCAACCGUAUCUUGGACACCACUUUUGAGGACAAAACCUCAGGUCCUGUGACCACUCCUGACAUUAUGCCCGGUCUCAAUGGUCGUUGCAACAAGCGGCGGUCCUCAGAAAGUGAGCAGAGGGACACUAAGCGGCAAUAUUCGCUGGAGAGGAGAGAAGAGGAGCAGUGUGAAGAACGGCAGCGAGAGCCGAGUCAAACUUGGGCUGUUGCUCCUACAAAGGGGACACUAACUGCUAGUGAAGCGACAAAUGAAAGUGAGACGGUGACUCCUGAGACUAACUUGCGCUGUCUUGUUAACUUCUUCCGAACCAUGGGCUACCAGCAGGAGGUGGUGGAGCGGGUGGUACGGGAGACGGGGCAGACGGAGGACACGUAUUUACUGCUGGAACGAAUUGUGGAGGAGACCCUGAAGACCCAGAGCAUGCAAGGAUCCCAGAGCACCUAUUGCAUACCCGACCCGACCUCCUGCGUGAACGCCUCGUCUACGCUCACCUCCACCAGGGUCAAAGAGAAGGAACGGGUACAGAUGCGAGCUCUCGAGAGAUCAGAGAUCAAGUGCAAAGAAAACAUUAGACCUGCUAGUAUUAAUGGCAUAGGUCAGAAGAACCAGACAAGCAGCGUGCCACUGGCCUCAGCCACUCUUAAAAGAAACAAUGGUGCACAGAAUGACAUAUGUGAAGUUAUCAUCAUCGACGACGAUGAUAACGAGUUCACAGAGAUGGAGAGGAAACCCAGAGUGGCUACACUUGAUUUGAAGUCGGAGUCUCGGUUUGAUUACCUACCCCGUGGUAGCUCUCAAACAAUAGUUCCUGUGCGUACCGAGAGUGUGACCAAUCUCCGCAGCUCUUCUCAAGGCCCUCCUCUCCGGACUGCUGACACACGACCUGGUUGCUCUUACCAGACGCUCCCUGGAAGGGCCCCUUUUCCUCGCUCUGAGGCACAUGGCACCUCUGAACCAGCACCCCUCACCGGCAUGUCUCGUUUUCAGCAGUCUUUGCGAACCCCCUACCGACUGGUCCUACAGAACGAACCAGGCUGCCCCGAUCUGCGACACAUCAUCAUUGAUGGCAGCAAUGUGGCAAUGGCGCAUGGACUCCAUCGGAUCUUUUCUUGUCGUGGGAUUGCCAUAGCUGUAGAGGCUUUUUGGCGCAGAGGGCACAGAGAAAUCACGGUCUUUGUUCCUCAGUGGAGACAGAAGAAAGAUCCCAACAUCACUGAACAACACUUUCUGAACCAGCUGGAGAACCUGCGACUUCUUUCUUUUACCCCGUCUAGAGAAGUGUGUGGACAGAGAAUUUCUUCCCAUGAUGACAGGUUCCUGCUUCAUCUGGCUGAGAAGACAGGAGGGGUCAUCGUCACCAAUGACAACCUGAGGGACUUUGUGAGCCAGUCAGAAGCGUGGAGAAGGAUUAUUCAGGAGAGACUCUUGCAGUUCACCUUUGUGGAAGAUCACUUUAUGAUCCCAGAUGACCCACUUGGAAAGCAUGGACCUCACCUAGACGAGUUUCUACUUAAAGGCAGUCGUGGUAGUCCCAUAAUGCCCCCCCUGAGGACAGACCUUCGGGCAACCCCGUCAGUUUACACCCUGGCAGCACAGUCCACAGCACAUCCCUCUUCCCCUUCCCACUGGCCGCACUCGGGCCCUCCAGACUGGCACCUUCCUCGACCGUCCCCUUCUCCACCCCCGCAGCGGUCGCCCUCAGAAACCACAGAGCUCAAAAGGAAGCUGUACGACAUCUUUCCUGACCAAAAGCAGCGUAUUGACAGUAUCCUAAGAGAUAAUCCUUACAUGAGGGACCUAAAUGCGCUGUCGGGCCUCUUGCUGGGCUGACGCACACUUAAUUAAACACAAAUUUACUUUUUUUUUUUUUUUUUUUUAAUUCUUGUGCAACAUAAUUUAAAGUUAUUUUUAAGGAAUACCAUAAUGGAAAAGCGCUGCUACAAGCUUUUUUUCAAGGUUUGUUCAAGGGGACUCUGUUCCGUCAACUAAUUUAGAUUAUGAGAUGACUGCAAGCACAAUAAACCUAAGUUAUACAUUGUUUAAGCACGAGCUUUAAAUAUACGAGAAUGUACAGUCCGAAUGGCAUAAAUUUGAUGUAAAUAUUCAUGAAGAAUACUCUUCCUUUCCUGUAAUUAUCUAUUCAGAAAUCUCUAAUCUAAAAGGUGUUCCAGCUACACGGUUGUUUUGAACUAAAUUACUGCUGAAGGACAAAUGUUGAUUUGCUGUUUUUGAUAGGAUUGUGCUUUCUGUAACUUGUAAAUAAUGAUAUUAUUGAGCCAAAUGAGUACUAGUUUCCAGUCACUCAAAGUGCCCUACUGAAGUGCCCUAUUAUCAUUUCCUGUUCACAAAUUUUAUUUCCUGUUAACCUUGGUGGUGGUUACAAAAUGGUAUGUUGUUUCUAGGAAUCCCUGGAGACCCCCUGUAUGACAGAGUAAACUGUGAAACAGUUAAAUGGCUUUAAAAAAAAAAAAAGUUUCCAGAUUACUCAGUGACCUAACAUACCCCUUCUCUGCCUGUUGUGCAAGUCGCUGUCUUUUAGCAAACAGGAAACCAGAGCCAUCAUCGAUGGAAACCUUUGUCCCAGUUACGAACAUCAGAGGGCGCUGUGGGAUUACUAGUUCUUACCAACCUCAUAAUGUAGUGGAAGACUGAGGGCAUGAGCAAAAUGCAGUUGCACAGUUGAAAAACAAUAUUGUGUUCUAUUUGAGCGUCUUAUUGCCACCGAAGUGAAAAUAUAGUUCAGUAUUUUCACUGUCAUUGUUAAAACGUCAACUUUUCGCUGUUUCUGAAAUAUGUUUAGCGUUGCGUUUUGUGAAUUGGUAUUCAAUUUUGGGAAUGAAAAUGCAUAGACGUUAAACCCACGGAAACGUCGCAGACUCGGCAGGCACUGUGGGUAUCUCACAGUAUGGCUGCUGAAAACCUUUUGCUUUUUCUGGAAGGCAGUUAAUAAAGGCCAAUUAUGUGUUUAUCAGGA